CUUACAUUUUGGUCGCUAAAACUUUGUUUAUGAAUAUAUGGAUUACCGAAAAAUAAGGGACCAUGAAAUAACUAAUAAAUGACCAAAUAAUAUAUGAUGUUAAUUUUUUUUUACUUUUCAGUUUUCAUAUAAUAAUGAAAUAACUUGGUUACUCUCUUUCCUCGCCGUAGUCUGAGUCUGAACCCUAAAACAUCCCGCUUCGCUGCUCAGGACCAAGAAUCUCAGAUUCAACUGAUCUUUGCAACAUGACGAGGGUUUAUGUCGGGAAUUUGGACCCACGCGUCACCGAAAGAGAACUCGAAGACGAAUUCAAGGCCUUCGGUGUUCUUCGCAAUGUCUGGGUAGCUCGUAGACCUCCUGGCUACGCAUUCCUCGAGUUCGAUGACGAAAGAGAUGCUUUGGAUGCAAUCAGCGCAUUGGAUCGAAAGAAUGGGUGGCGUGUGGAGCUUUCUCAUAAAGAUAAAGGAGGUCGUGGAGGUGGUGGUGGUCGUCGUGGAGGUAUUGAGGAUUCCAAGUGCUAUGAGUGUGGUGAGCUUGGACAUUUUGCUCGCGAGUGUCGCCGUGGUCGAGGCUCUGUGAGGCGUAGAAGCCCUAGUCCCCGUCGUCGUAGGAGUCCAGAUUAUGGGUAUGCUCGCAGGAGUAUAAGCCCGCGUGGAAGAAGAUCUCCUCCAAGGCGUCGCAGUGUUACUCCACCUCGCCGUGGGAGGAGCUACAGCAGAUCCCCUCCUUAUCGUGGUUCACGCCGUGAUUCUCCUCGCCGCAGAGACUCGCCCUAUGGUCGACGUUCGCCAUAUGCCAAUGGGGUGUGAAACUGGACCCUGAAGAGAAAGAAGCUAUUACUAAGCUAUGAUGCUAUAUCUACUCUGUGGCGCCUUUUAGGAUAGAUCUUUAUAUCUGCUAUUAUGGUAUUAGCUCUUCUAGGUUUGGUUGUUGAGCAUGGACAUGUCAUGGUAUGUUCGAGUUUUAUUAGACAAUUGGAUUUGGUGAGUUCUCCUUCAUGCUGUUUUCCAACAGCCGUCUUGACUUAUUCUCUAUAACACGCACUGGCCUGCUGUCUUCACACAGCGUCCUUGAACCCCUACACUUGAGGUCGUUCUUUCGUAUCCAUAAAUGUUUUGUCUCUUGUUGAAUGCACUUUCCUUAUUAUAUAGACAUAUCUAAAAAGCUCAACUGUUUCCACUCUUUUUCCCUUGUGAGGUAUGAUUUAUCGGGGAUCUCUUGGCAGCACAGCUGCAUCUUACUCUCCCCACAACUUAGUUUUAUCAUGAAUCUGCAUCCUCAACUCGACCAACAUCAGCUAGAAUUUGCUUGUUACAUUGUGUGACUUUUAGAUUGCCCUGCUCUUUACUCACCACUCCUACCCCAAGUCUGCAACCAAGCUUCUAUUGAGAAAGACGAAUCUGUUUCUUCACCCCGUCCUCUUCCUAGCUCUCGGCUGCUAUAUCACCACUUGGUUUCUCUACUCACUUUUGUUUUUCGGUCAACUUUGUUACACAUCUGUUGGUGGAUCACACACUUACAUUAAAUUAAACCCAUUUGUGGAUGCUUCUUUUUUAUAUUGCUUGUGAAAAACGUGUUAGCUUAGUCUUUUGUGUUCAUGAUUUGGUUUCCCACUUAUGCUUUUCUUUUCCCAAUUAAUCUCG